AUGCCGGUAUCUAGAGGUCUAAUUGCGUCUUCCUCACCCAUAUCUCCUACACAUGCCCGGGAGGCUGGCAUAAGCAUGGCUGAGCCCCGCCGUCUGCAGUCCUUCCAUGUCGGCCACAAGGGCUCUGCCACUCGCCCAGCAGUCUACGUUAGAGCCUCCCCGGGGUCACCUGAGGCGCGUGCAGUGGAGACUUCGGCAAGCACCCCGACUGGAGGUGUUGAAGAGACUGAGCGCUGCCUGCUGCGUAACAUCUUGCGGUGCUUCCACUUCCUCGACUGCGAGGACAGGGGAUACGUGAGCCCCGCCGAGGCCAUCACCUUCAUCGCGCCGUUGAAGCAUGCAAACCCCGGACUAUUCGAACUGUUCAAUGAAGUCUUAGCGGUGACUAAAAGUGUCGCUGUUGACGGCAGGAUCCGGAAGGAGCGGUUCAUCGGGCAGCUAGAGUCGUCACUUCGGGCGCUGGCGCCAGACGACACUUCACCUUUGGCGCAGCUCCGUCAACCUCGUAACGCUGUCUCACGCUACUUCGGUGCCCUCGGAACGGUGGCAGGGGAAUGCGCCGAUGGCUCCGGCAGCUCUCCAAUCGAUGGAUCCUGGCAAAUACGGGGUAGCGACCAGUACAACGACUCGCAGGGUGGGUACAAUUGCGACCAGAGUCCCCACUGCACCGAUGCGACUCAACCACGUGACGUACAAGACUCGCAGUCGGACGCGGAGUGUACCUUCAAACCGGUGACGAACAGGCGCCGCGUCACAGCCGUAACCAGCGAAGCAAACGUCGGCCUCAAAGAAGAGAUCCGCGACAUGCAUCGGCUCCAAUACGGUAAUGAGCCGAAAGACGGAAUGAGCGAGUACAUCGUGUUCCACUUCAGUGAACGCGAGGAGUGGCCGCAAGACCUCAGGAGCCUGCAGGACCGCAGCUACUAA